CUAGAACAGUCUAGGUGAAUCAGUUUAGGUCAAACUAUGCCUAGGUCUUCAAUAGUUACAGCAACUACUGCGAUUCCAGAAUUCAGAAGAUUGCGUUCAACGCUCGUCGCCGCGACUGCUUCGUCGCUUUUUCUCAACCUUCCGGUUUGCGCUUCGGAAUCCCACAGCAGAUAGGUGUACGCAAGAUACGCCCCUUACGAUCGAAGCCUCGUGCCUUUUACAGAGUUGAUAAAUGAGUAUACUACUGCAGUCCGGCCUCUUCGGCCUUGGUCCACCGUGCUCUAUCGCGAUUAACUUCGAAGACGCAGAGACGCGAAAACAAGCAUCCGUUAAGAGGGAGAGUGGGCAAACAGAGUUAGUGCCAUUGUUUCAUGGCCAAGACACAGUCGCAGGGGAGGUGAGGAUAGAGCCAUUGCCGGGAAAGAAGAUUGAACACACUGGAGUGAAGAUUGAGCUGAUCGGGCAAAUCGAGCUUUUCUUUGAUCGCGGAAAUUUCUACGAUUUCACGUCUCUCGUGAGAGAGCUUGACAUCCCUGGCGAGAUAUCCCAAAGGAAGAUCUACCCUUUUGAGUUUCAAAACGUGGAGAUGCAGUAUGAGUCAUACAACGGGGUCAAUGUUAGACUGAGGUACAUCUUAAGAGUGACUGUCAGUCGGAAUUACUCGUCCAACAUCGUCAAGGAGAAGGACUUUUGGGUACGGAAUAUCUUGAAAGAGCCAGAAAUUAACAACACAAUCAAGAUGGAGGUUGGAAUUGAGGACUGUUUACACAUUGAGUUUGAGUACAACAAAUCAAAGUAUCACCUGAAGGACGUAGUCAUAGGAAAGAUCUACUUUCUGCUGGUCAGAAUUAAGAUAAAGCACAUGGAGCUGGAGAUACGGCGACGUGAGUCAACUGGUUCAGGGCCCAACACCUACAAUGAGAGCGAGACGCUUGCCAAGUAUGAAGUCAUGGAUGGAGCUCCAGUAAGAGGCGAGUGUAUACCCAUCCGUCUUUUCCUCAGUCCAUAUGACUUAACUCCAACGUACCGCAAUAUCAACAAUAAGUUUUCGGUUAAGUAUUUUCUCAACCUAGUGCUUGUGGAUGAGGAAGAUCGUCGGUACUUCAAGCAGCAGGAGAUCACCUUAUUCCGAUCCGAGUGAGGUGGAGGGCUUGCGUGGGUUGGGUACGUUAUCACAUAUAUGAAGAGAUACAAAAGGCUUGCUAUGCAAUCAAUGGGGCAUUAGGCAGAAGGCUAGUGCUAGAAUUUGUUAUGUUUCAUAUCCUAAUGUGUUGCAACUUGUGCAAGGUUCCUACUUUAAGUAAUUUUUUCGUUUGUGCGGUUCUUUU